AUGAAUUAAGAAGUUGAUUUAUAUAUGAUUACUAUUUUUCAUAUUGACAAUAAACUAAAGACUUUGGCUCCGAUAUUUUACUCCAUUAUUUUUGUGAUUUACUUGGGAAAUAAUAUCAUAUUUGGAGAAUUGUUAUUGGGGUAUGAAUUAUAUUUCAAUUCAGGAAGGCUGAACCAUUUCAAUAUGUCACUAUCACUUUAUGUUGUAGUAUAGUGAUUAAUUAUUGCUUAAUAAAAUUAUGCUCUUAACAGUAAGUCUAUGUAAGUCAAGAGAUUCAUUUAAUUGGCUUAGGAUUUGCAGUUUUGGUUUUAAGUGCAUUACUUAGUUAUAAAUAUAAUGUUAUGCCAUUUUAUUCAAUCAUUCUAAUCAAAGGAUGGAUUGCAUAAGCAAUAAAUGAGACACAUCUUUUAGGUGAAAUGUAUUAAAAGAAAGAAUUAAUAUGUUUUAUUGUAUGAUUUCAAUAAAUAAUUUUAGGGUAUAUCUGUUGGAGCAAUACUUUGUACAUUUGAAUGGACUUUUUAAUUUUUGGGAAUACUAUUUGGAUGGAUUGGAGCAGCAUCAAUGGUAAUAAUAGGUCAUAAUUUAAAAAAAGUCAAGAAAGUAAGAACACACACAAUAACCCAAUAUGUUAUGAUCUACACUAUAACAAUAUUAGGAUUGUAUUAUCCAAUUCAUAAAUUUGGAACUUUUAAUGUUGAAUUAGUAACCUAUUCCAUAAUUAAUGGAGUAUUAUUUCCAUUAUGUUGUACAUUAUUUCUUCAUGGUUUUUAAAUUGGAUAUCCAUCAAUGAAUUUGGCUAUUUUCAUGCUUAUAAAUAUGAGUGGUGCUGCAUUAUAAAUAGGACAUUAAUUUGAUAUGCUUAGCCUUUUAGGAAUUUUUAUUUGUUUAAUAUCAGUGUACUUAUAAUAUAUUAUAUUUAGUUCUUAUCUAUUGCUAAAUCAUAAAUCUUAUAUUGAAGUUGCUGGAUUUGAAAUAGAAGCAGAAGAAAAUCCAUAUUAUGAACUAAAUUAAUAUCAUUAGAGAAUUUGA